AUGGCUACUCACCACGCGAAGAAUGAAGUUCUUAAGGCUGCUGCCUUAUUUGAUGUAUCUCACAUCACAGCUGUCGUGACAGGCGGCGCAACCGGCAUUGGAUUAAUGAUCACCCAAGCUCUGCAGUCCAAUGGAGCCAAGGUUUACAUCACAGGCCGUCGUAAAGAAGUUCUUGAGCAAACGCAGAAGACCUAUGGUACAGGCCCGGGAAGCAUUCAUGUCCUCCCUGGUGAUGUCAGCGAGAAGGAUGAAGCUAUCCGUCUGGCAGAGGAGGUUGGCAAGAAGGAGCCGAAUGGCAUCCAUUUGCUCGUGAACAACGCUGGUAUUGCAGAAGAUGAUAACACCAAGUUCUCCUCGGCUGGUGAGCCCGAUAUGUCUGACGCUAAGGCUCUUUCGGAGCACUUCCUCAAGACUGAGCCACAGCAGUGGGCAGCCACAUUAAAGACAAAUGUGACUGGACCUUACUACAUGUCCAUGGCGUUCCUCCCAUUACUCGCCAAAGGGCGUGAGACUACUUCAGGUUAUUCCUCACAAAUCAUCAAUGUCUCCUCCAUCUCGGGAGCUAUGAAGGGUUCAAGCAUGGGACAACCAGCUUACGCCACCUCCAAGGCUGCUCUUACCCACCUCAGUCGCAUGAUAGCUACUCUCACCAAGGACGUCAAAGUGCGAGUCAAUGUUAUUGCACCAGGAUUAUUUCCCAGUGAGAUGACUACUGGAGAGUCUGAUGAGGGCAACAAGAGCAAUAUCGAUAAAAAGAUGACUAACCCGGCUGGUCGGCCUGGUCAUGAUACUGAUAUGGCUGCGACUAUUCUUUUCCUUGCUGGAAAGGGUGGCUUGUUUUACAAUGGCCAGAUUGUUUAUCCCGAUGGAGGUUCAACCCUGAUCAACCCAGCGAUCGCAAACUGA